AUGGACAGGCUUAGUAGAGGAUCUGCUAUUCUAAUUCUGUGCUUCUUUUCCAUCGUUGUUUCCUCUGUGGGAGAUGGACAUAAGGAUCAAGAAAAGAGACCGGCUCUUUCAUUUCCAGAGACGUUAGCAAGAACCUAUUGGGACUGGGCUAAGACCAUCGUCCAUCGAGCUCAGGCCUACUUCUUUCCUCCAAAUAUAGAUUUCAGAGGCAGUAAUGGGGCUGGAGAGCAGACAGACAUGGGGGCUGGAGAGAAAGUGAAAGAAGCAGUUGCAGAGAGUUUGGGUAAGACCAGAGCAACAGUGGAAGACUCUGCCAAAUCUGCAGCCAAAGUUGCAAGUGAAACAGUGCACAAGACAAAGGAGAAGGUGAAACGAAGCCUAUCUGAUCAGGGACGACAAGAAACUGAUCAUAGUGAGCUUUGAUUACUGUCAAUGACGAGCAACCGAGGUUGCUUAGUCAUAUAGAUAUAUGUAAGGUUCAUGAUAUUGUCAAGGAAAACUAGAAGAAGACAAUCAACCCCAAUGAAUAUUACAAUUUUGGUUAAAAGAUGCUUUGGUUAUGCGCAAAUCAAUGAAUGUUUUUUGCUGCUGCA